AGCUGAGAAUUGUGGAAAAGAGAUUGCAAGUAGUGUUUUCCCCCCUAAAUUUUCAAUUUCCUGUAUGUAUACAUAUCUUUAAAUAAUGAAUUUUUAUUAAAGCGAUCUAUAUACAUAGCUUAAUAGUACCGCAAGGAUUGUAAGGAAAAGUGUUAGCUCCUGGCACCAUCCUUUUCCAUUUCUUAGGGGGCAUUUCAGCCUUGAGGUUUUUCCUAGCACCUUGGUUUCAUAUUUCUGAGUGGGGCCUAUACUGCUUAUUUUUUAAUUUGCUAUGUUUAGAAACAUCUGACAGUAUCCUAUUUGAUAGAUGAAGUUUUCUGCCUUUUUUACUUUUUUCUCAUUCCCCCAGAAUUUUUUCAUUAAAUUGGCAUCAUUGUAUUACAGCGACCAUAUUUUUCUGUGUUCAUUCCCGAACUAGUUCGCUGUGCUUCUGUUUCCAUUCUCAACAUUUUGUCUUGCUUUUACAUACACAUCACUACUUCUUCCAAAACCGUCCCAAAUAGGUAAAACUUUAAAUCUAUUUUUGACAUGGUCAAAGCUCUACUGUGUACUUGUUUCAGUGUAAACUAAAUUCUUUCUUACCCAUGUAUACAGCUGUUUCCUGAGACUUCAUCAUCCUGGUAUUUGUUUUUCUCUCUGAUUGGAGUUUGUAUUUCCUGGACCCUGUGUCUUGGUUAUUAGAUUACUUAAUUGUUGAAGUGGAACACUUCCUUCAGUAACUUCAGGAAUGGGUGCAUGGGAGGUUGAUUACUUUGAGAGUACUACAUGUCUGAAAGGUAGUAUGAAUUGGUAUAUAAGACUUGAGGUAGAUCAAGAGUUUCAAAGGCAUUGCUCUAUUCUAAUUAAAGUGUUGUGAUGCACAGUAUUUAUUUCUGAUUUCUUUGUUUUUUUUGUUAGAGGUUUUUUAGUGUUAUAAAAUUGUGUGAUACUGUGCUUUGGUGGCCCCUGGCAAUCUGGAAAAUAAAAUUCGUAGGUUCUUGACCCUGCCCUGCACUACACCUUCCCCAAGCCAAAAAUCCCAACUGCACGCACACACAUACACACAUACACACUUUUCUUUGUGUCCAAACCCCAUGACAUAACUAAAGCUGCUGGAUUCCUUAUUUUUCAUUUAUUUUUCUUUCUGGGAGAUUUCUAUAAUGUAGUUUUCCAAUGUUCAUGAAAUGACCUGCUUGUGUUUAGCUUCAUACUUAGUGUUGCCGCCAAUUAUUGAGCCCGCCUGGACUCUGCAGUUUCCCUCAUUCAUCAGUGAUCGUCCUCUGGAGGCCUGUGAAGGCAGGCUAACAACCACGGUCUCUUGCAUAUUUAAUACAUUUGUUAAAAUAUUGUUCAGUAUUGUUUCUUCCAAUUUUCUUUCUUGUGGUUUUGAAAUCUUUAUAUCUAUUCUACCUUUUAGCUGGAGUUUUAGGAGGAAGAAGAGAUGAGUGAGUGUUUAUCUGCUUCUUAGGUUUAUAGGUGGAUACAUUUUCAUGAAAUUUAUGGAUGUUUGCUCAACAAGGAUUAAUGGGGAUUCAGUGUAUACAAAUCUUUGAGUUUUCUUGAAAGUAGUAAAAUGGUAUAUGACAGACAAGUUCAUUCCUUGAUUCUUCGUUAAUCUUGCUGGUUUUAAAGGAAUUUAAAAUGGCCCCUGCCUACUAAGUUCUUUGAGGCUCAAGCAUUAAUUUUGGAACAACCAGCAUUCCAUGAUUCAAGUGGCAUCCACUGAAUUUUCUGGGAAUUGAAUCUAGAUAGAAUAAAUUACUUGAAAUAAAAAUCAAAUACUUAAAAAUGCCCCCAGAUUAAACAAUUCAGGUGAGAAUACCCAUUUUCUUCUUGUGGCUUUGAACUAUUCCUAAUGUGUUCUUUCAAGUAUGUAAUAGAUAAAAUGCGGUGUGUCCUCUUGCUUUGCUCUUAAUGUAGUUCUCCAGAAUUGGGAGACAAUUGGUCAUAAGCUAUAAAAACUUUCAGCCCCUUCACUGGUUUAAAAAUUCAGAGGCACCUAGGUGGCUCAGUUGGUUAAAUGUCUGCCUUCAGCUCAGGUCAUGGUCCCAGGGUCCUGGGAUGGAGUCCUGCUUCGGGCUCCCUGCUCAGCAGGGAGCCUUUCUCUCUCUCUUCCCACUUAUGCUUUCUUGCUAUCUCUGUCUCUCAAAAACAAGAAAAUCUUUUUUAAAAAAUGGUUUUACUCAGAUUUUGGUGUAAGGAAUUGCUUAGGCUCCAUUUUCCUCAUCCCUGGAGGGAAUCGAUAAUUCACAGGCUUGUAAGACUAUAGGAGAGAGAAAAACAGUAAAUGCUCAAAAUGAGGCCAUUCUAUUAUUUUUUCAAAGAUUUGAUGGUUUAAGACAGAUCAGGUUGUCAGGGGAGUAUUUAAAAAACAGGCUGAUAAUUAACAGCAAACAUUUUCAUUUUUCAUGGAAUUUGGCAUAGGUUUUUAAAGUACAAUAUAGUUCUGAGAAGGCAGUUAUGAGUUAUGUCUUCUGCAUCAAUUGGUCCGCUGGUACAGAUGAAGCCUAAGAAAAUGGCUUUCCUUUCCCCUAAAAGUAGGGUGAGGUCUGUACUGAAUGUAAACUGUAAAGGAAGUUCUGUGAAGCCAGUAUUUUCUCACUGACAUACAAAAUGUUUCAAGGACAAAUAAUGUCUGUCUUAGACGGGGCAGUGGAAGGUGGGUAUCCCUUUAGUACCCAGCCCUCCGCAUCCCACUCGGAGAGUCUGUCCCUGUGGCCUUCAAAUGGGACUCACAGGGACCUCAGGACUCACUGUAGCUCCUUUUAUGUACAGCAGAGGGCAGAAGCUCCUUGGCGUGUUCAUGAGGGAGCCACACAAGAGAAAGCCUGACAUUCCUGAGAAAGGAGGAUGCCUAAAAACUCAGAGUGAAUAAAGCUUUCCAGUAGACAGGGAGGUGGAUGAGACAAAGUGCUUCCCUCUCCUGCGGUGGGUCUGGAGCCACAAAAUCUCCCCCUCCCAAUCCUGUUUCCUAGUGACUGGACGCCCUAGGGACUCUCUGACGUGCCAUGCCCCUAGUUAAUAUCACAACCUUGUUCUGUCUUUGCUGAUUGCCAUCCUCUGCCUGGUCUGGAGUCCUGUGCGAGGUAGUUGUCAGGAUGGCAGCUCUAGUCUGCUAGUGGACAUUUAUAUAUGGGCGCAUACCGUGGCCGAGGCGCUAGAAAUGUGUCUGCUUACACACACACACCAGCCAAAUAAGGACAUUUAACUUUGGUCCAAUAAGGACCUCAUCAGUUACCAACUGAAUCAAAGCAUGGUGGCUUUUUAUUUUCAAAGCAUGGUUUCAGCAAUAUAUUCACAAAAAGCUCAGACAUUUUGAAAAAAGUAUUUGGCAUCUUACAUUGCUUGGCUAAAUGAACACUAAAUAUAGACCGACAUCAAGCUGGGGUUUCUGGGCCUUGUAGGAACACCUGUGCGCUGAAGGAAGGCAAACAAAGAACCACAGAAUUUGUAAAGUUUUGUUGCAGUUGCUUCUGAUUAGUUUUUUUUUUUUUUUCCUGGCCGCCUAGCAGUCAAAGCUCACAUUUUUGAACAAUGAAUCAUUCCCAGGACACGGGCCCUGGAGGCAUGCCUGAAGACAGAAAACUUUAUAUUGUGGAUUCCAUAAACGACUUAAACAAACUUAACCUCUGUCCUACAGGAUCACAGCACCUGUUCCCCCUCGAGGAGAAAAUCCCGGAUGUUGGCACUAACUCAGGAAACGGAAGUCAUAGUCUGUUUUUUAUGGGGUUGAUAAUUGUGCUGAUUGUCAGCCUGGCACUGGUUUCCUUCGUGAUUUUUCUAAUAGUCCAAACUGGAAACAAGAUGGAUGACGUGUCAAGAAGACUAACAGCUGAGGCAAAGGACAUAGACGAUCUUAAGAAAAUCAACAGCCUGAUUGUAAAGCGACUCAAUCAACUGGACGCUGAACAAAACUAAAGAAAUGAACAUCUAGGGAUGGCUGGGUGGCUCAGUUGGUUAAGCAGCUGCCUUCGGCUCAGGUCAUGAUCCUGGGAUCGAGUCCCACAUCGGGAUCCUUGCUCUGCAGGGAGCCUGCUUCUCCCUCUGCCUUCCACUCUGUCUGCCUGUGCUCGCUCUCGCUCGCUCUCUCUCUGACAAAUAAAUAAAUAAAAUUAAAAAAAAAAAAAAAAAAAGAAAUGAACAUCUAAAAGCAGCUGCUAACCCCGGAGCUUACACUUGACUAGGCGCGCCCAGGGUUAUGAACUGAGCUUGCGCAUUUCUGCAGGCAACAGACUAUCUGAUUCGGGACCCCAACCCUGGAGCCCACUUUCUGCUGCAGGGAUGGGAGCAACUCCAACGCCAAGCGCCAUGGGGGUACUAGGCAGAAAAGGGCUCAUUUUAUGGUAGGGUCCUUCUGCUUCAUUGGGGUUAAGGGUGGCUGACAUGAAGGAGAACAAAGGUUAGCAAGAGAAUCCGGCUCCGCACCUAUACCUUCUCUUACAAAAGGAGCUUUGCCAUCAGAAUAAGUUCACUGAGCCAGUGAGGUUCAUGGCACCUCAAGCACACUUAUGAAUUCUUGUGACAGCUUGAUGAAUCCAGUGAAUUAUCUGUAUUCAAGGGAACCAGGUGAUGACUCUUCUCAAUAAAAUAAAUUCUGCUCAGGUGAUUAAACUCUGACUCUUACUUCCUCAGGGACAGGGGCUGGGCUGACUUCAGAGCCAGUUGCCUUCUGGUAUUUGCUAGUAGUACUGGUAUGUGUAUGGUAGGGUGGGAGUCAAAAGAGAGAGCCCGAGUUAUUUAACCAAUGUUUAUUGAGCUCUUUGUGCAAACCGUCUAUCUACUUUAGAAGAGUUCACGUUCAACUGGGGAACAAAGGAAAUGUAUGGUUAUAUAUAUAUGUUACAUAAGCUUUGUUGGCUUCCUUUCUCAUGCAAAAAACCCUGUGUUCUGCUGAUUAAUUUUGAAGAAAUCUGAUAAGUUUGUGGUCUUUACUAAACUACAGGAGGAAAUUGUAUAUUUGGAAUAUCUGGAACCUGCCCUGUUUUAGCUCAAAAAGUCAGGUACACAGUUUGUAUUACGAUAUGCUGUGGUAUAAAUGAGCUUAAAACACAUGUGAGUCUUAGAAAAUCUUUUAUGUAAUGCAAAUAUAUUGUGCAAGUUUAUUGAAGAAUGCAUUGCAAUUCUCUCAUUUUAGGCUGAUGAAAACCCUGUCCUUAACUAUUAAACACAAACUCAC